GUUUUUACAUUUUACGGUUAUCUGUAUUCAGGUUUGGUAUAAUAUGGCAUUAUGGCGGGCGCUAUUCUAUUCAGUAUUUCUAUGGUAUUUCAGUCAACGGUUUACGGCGUAACUUAAAUACCGUUUAUUUGAUAUUUUGUGCUUGACAAACCACAACUCAUGAGUUACCUGUCGACCAUCUUAUUUCAUGCAGGAUUUUUAAUUAUCUAACUCGUCAAUUAUUGCAGACUUUUUGCUGGUUACUUUUAUUUAAAAUAUCAUUAUUUUUGAUUUUAAUUAGUUAACGCACAUUUAAUAAUGGUCUUGAGUCCUCUUACGUCCAAACAAGUCUUGGAGUUCUUGCCUUUGAACACGUGGACUGAGGUUCAUUUGCUUCAAAAUGAUUUUAAAAAUGUAUAUAUAGCAACAACAAAGGAUAAAAUGGAAAAGCGAUUGAAAGACAUGCAAUCAAUUUCAUUACAGAGUGGCUCUUAUGAUAAAGUUACAACAUUUAAAGUACUAGAAAUAGUUGCAGUUAAAAUUAAAGACGAAUGGUAUAGAGGGAAAUUAAUUAGUUUCAAUGAAUUUCAAACAGACAAUACCAUAAUUGAAUUAAUUGAUAUUGGUUCUGUUUAUCAAACCAAGUUAGAAAAUUUGUUUGUUCUUCCGUAUUAUUUUAUGUAUGAACCGUUAGCCUUACCGAUAAUAUUUAAGGAUUUUAUUCCAAAAAAAACAACAUGUUUUAUAAAACCUCUUCUAUUAGAAAGUAAUCUACACGAAGGUACUGUUCUUGUUGAAGUCAACUGUAAUGAUAAAAAUUUGGAAAAUGGUGUACUUGUUAAUUUAGACUGUAAUGAUAAAAAGUUGGAAAAUGGUAUUAAAGAAAAAAAAUUAUUAGAAUUGAAAAAAGACAUUAAUUCUGUUGAUGAUUCACAAAUUGUAAGCAUUCAAAACAUGAGCAAUGGUUACGAUAAUAAUGAAUCGACCUUAUAUCUAUCUAAUAGUUCCAGAAAAGGUAGCAUUUUUAGUCAAGAAAAACUUAACAAUAUGCCAUUAAAAAAUGAAGAUUAUUGUAUUUUGACGUAUUUUGAAGAUUUCACUUGUUUGUAUGUUAGCAAAGCUAUAAAAAGUGAUGAAGAUGGCAGUUACAAUUUUUUUGAUUUUGACACUUUAUACAAAACUGCUAGUAGUACAGAUAAAAUACCCAAGUAUGAUCCUAUUGUGGGAGACAUAGUCAAAGUUUUUUCAUCUCAGAAUGAUGGUUUGUACAGAGCAAAAAUAUUAAAACAUAACAAUAAUAAUGAAAGUUAUGAUGUUUUCUACAUUGAUUAUGGAAACAUUGAAACAGUCCCAUCAAAUGCUAUUUAUGAAUUGGCUGAUGAAUUGAAGAAGCCUGGAAUAGCUAUUAAAAUAGGACUGAGUUAUUUAAGAAAUAUUCAAAUUACUGAACAAGUGAAAAAUAUGUUUAAUAUGUUUUGUGACUAUGGAAAGCCAUUUUUGAUUGAGCUUGAUGAAAACUCUAAAUAUUGUCUAGAAAAUGUAAAAUUAAAAGAUAUAGAAAAUGGAUCAUAUAUUAAUUCGGAAUAUAUAAUGAAAUUUACAUCAAUAGAACCUGAAAUUACACCUGUACAAUGUAAUGAAAAUACUUCAAUAGUUCAUAAUAAUCAUCAAUUCAAUGAUUUAAAAAAUAAUGAUAUAGUUUUUUUAAAACAUUUUGAAGAUAUGGAUAGUGUAUACAUUGUUAAAGAUGUGCAACUAUUAAAUGAUGUGUUAAUAAAAAUAAUUAAUGAUAAAUCUGCUGUGUGUAAAAAAGAGUUAACUAUAGGAGAUAUUGUUAAAAUUGUGCUUAAAAAAUCUCAUUAUCGUGCCAAAAUUAAGAAAAUUGAUGUUAAUUCAAUUUGUGUUAAAAAUAUUGAUUUUGGAUACAGUGAAUUUGUUGAAGCAAAUUCUGUCUGUGAACUCUCAGAUGAUUUAUUAAAGAUCCCUGGAUUAGCUAUAAAGAUUGGAAUUAAAGGACCUUUGAUAAAGAAGACACGCGACUUAGAAGUUUUUAUUGAAAAAAUUGAAAAAAUUCCAUUAUACUUGGAAUUUGAAGAAGGAAAUUCCAAUAGUUAUCAAGGAAUUACUUUAAGGAGAAAAGAUAAUUCUAUAAAUAUUUUUGAAGAGUUUUUAAAAACAAAUAAAAAUCAAUUAAUAUGUAAUCAAAUUUCAAACAAAUGUGAAAACAACGACACAAUAAUUGAAUCAAGUGAAAGUUUAAUUAAUGAUUUUCAAAACAUUACAUUAAAAGUUGGGGAUUAUUGUAUUGUUUCUUAUUUCAAAGAUUUUAAAAAUAUUUAUUUAUGUGAAGCUAUAAAAAAUGAUGCAAAAGAUGUUUAUGAAAUGCAUAAUUUGUCUAUUAUUCAAAUGACCAUGGACAGUAAAGAUCGUAAUAUUAAAAUUAAUCCAGCCAUAGGAGAUAUUGUUAAAGUAUUUUCACAUUUGUUUGAUGGUUUUUAUAGAGCUAAAAUAUUAAAUAUUGUCAAUAACAAAUUUCAUGUUUCUUACAUUGAUUUUGGAAAUACAGAAAUUGUUAGUUUAAAUGAAAUAUUUGAACUUUCAGAUGAAUUAAAAAUAAAGACAAAAUUACCUACUCCAGUAGCGAUUGAAGUUCCCCCAAAUGCCAAAAAAACAGAUGAAAUUCAAAAUUUUUUUGAUAACUUAAUGAACAAUAAUAUAGUUCUAUUUAUUGAAAACAAAAAUCAAAAUAUUGAUGGUUCAGAAACUAUUAUUCUAAAAGAAUUGGAGUCUGGUAGAUUAAUGAACACAGAAUUAUUGAAAUUAUUCCCUACUGAAAAAAUACCAAUCAAUAAUUUUGAAAAUUCUAGUGAAACACAUGUUGUAGAUAUUAAAUAUGCCAAAGAUCAUGAUUUAGAUAAUGUUAAAAUAUUAAAGGAAACUGUGGAUAGUUGUAUAGUCGAGAAUUUAAAAAUUGAAGAGGACCAAAAAUCACCAGGUGUUAUUGACUUAGAAUUUGGACUACCUAAGAAUAGAGAUUUAGUUCAUUUAAGGUAUUUUCUUGAUUCAACUUCUGUAUUUGUUUCUCGAAGUUCUGAAGAACAUUUGAAAUUGUUUAAUGAUGUAACUAGAAGAACAAUAGAAGAUAACUCAAGAAGGAAAAAGUUAGACAUUGAAGUAGGAGAUAUUGUUAAAGCACUGUUUCUUGAUGAUAUGUAUAGAGCAAAAAUACUUGAAAAAGUUGAUCAUAAUUGUUUCUGUAUUUCUUUUAUUGAUUUUGGAAAUGAUGAGAUUGUUCAUGCUGAUGAAAUUUUUGAAUUACCUGAAGAAUUAAAAAAGGUUCCUGGUUUGUGUGUGAAAAUUGGAAUCAAAGGAUCACCAAUAGUUGAUAAAUCAAAUGAUUUAGUAUCAAAAUAUUUAGAAGAUUUAGAAGAUGAACCUUUGUAUAUUGAAUAUGAUGAAAGAAACCCGAAUGGACUAAAAGAAGCUAGCUUAAAAAGAAAAAAUGAUUCUGAUAUUUUUGAAGAAUUAUUUAAAAUUUUGGACAAACCAAUGAAUACUAAAGAAGAAUCUAUAAACAAAGCCCAAAAUAUUACUGAAAAUGAGACUUUGUUGGUAAACUCACAUGAAUCCAAAGUUGUAUCAAAUAUUGAAUUGAAAACUGGUGAUACUGUUUUUUGUAGUCAUUUUGAAGAUUUUAACCAGCUGUAUCUUUGUAAAAGUUCUAAAAAUAAUACAAUACCAGAAAAUUAUAGCAUGAUUGUGAAUUCUAAAAUGGCUAAAGAUAUUGUUGUAAAAGAUAAUCCUAAAUAUAUGGAUAUAGUAAGAGUGGAGUUUGAAGAGAACAUUUUCCGUGCUAAAGUACUUGAUAAAUGUGGACAGAAAUAUUCUGUAUUUUUAAUGGAUAUUGGGAAAAAUAUAAAUGUGCUUGCUGAUAAUAUUUUUGAACUUCCAAGUAGCUUAAAAAAUAUUCCUGGUUUAGCUCUAAAGGUUGGUCUUAAAGGAACUACUGAUUUAAUAGUAACUUCUGCCGUAAAAGAUUAUUUUCAUAACUUAUGGUAUAAUGAUCCAAUUCCAUUAAUUUUAAGAUAUGAUGAGGGUAAUUUCAAUUAUUUAAGUGAAGUAAAUUUAAUAAAACAAAGUAAUGGACAUGAUAUUAUUGAUGAUUUAAUCAAGAUAUGUAGUAAAUCUGACAAUUUAUCCAAUAAAUCAAAACCGGCUCAAGUAACAAUAAGUAAUGGUUCAAAUAUUAAUAAUUGGCAAAUUUUGACUGGAGAUAUUGUUGAAUUUUUAUUUGGAAAUAAUACUGACAAUAUUUUUGUAAGAAAAAUAAAAUUAUAUGAAGAAUUUAAGAAUGUUUUAGAUCAGCUAAAAGAAGAAAAUAGUGAAAAUUACAAACCAAUAACCCCAAAGACUAAUGAUAUUGUUGCAGUAUAUUCUACUAAGUAUAAUGGGAUUUAUAGAGCUAGAGUCAUCAUGUUAAAUUCUGAUGAUACAAAUAGGGUUAAAUGUUCUUUAAUUGAUAUUGGUCAAAUUGAUAAGAUACCACCUCAAAAUAUAUUUUUAUUGCCUAACUAUGUUUCAUUAAAUAAAGUACCAAAUAUGGUCCGUAGAGUGACACUUGCUGGAUUAAACAAGAUCUUAAAUACUAAGAUAACUUCAUAUCUAUCUUUACUGAAAGGAAAAACAUAUACUAUGGAAUAUAAAAAAAAAUCUGACCAAUGGCAUAAACAAGAAGUUAUAUUAAAAGAAUUACAAAGCAAUUUGUCUAUUAAUGAUGAAAUACAAAAAUUAUUUUCUAAUGAUGCUUCUUUUGUUCCUCCUAUAUCUCAACAACGACGAUUAGAAAGAAAAAUUAUCAUGCCUGAGACAAAAGAAAGUAUAUUGGAAAAACCAUCUCAUCCUAUUAAGAGUGGUUCAUCUGUUUUUAUAACUAAUUUUGAAAACUUCAAUUCAAUUUUUAUCCGUGAUGCAUCAUAUGAAUUUAUUGAGAACUUUAAUACAUUUAAUAAAGAUAUGUUGAAAUAUUAUAGAACAGCUACUAAUAAAAUCCCCAAAGAAAACUUGAAAGUUGGUGAUAAAGUAUGUGUUGAAAAUUCAUUGUUAAAUUUGGUUAUGUAUUCUCGGGCUCUCAUAAUCGACAUAAUUGAUAAUGAAUACAAUGUUUUUUACCUGGAUUAUGGGAAUACUGAACUAGUAAAUGUUGAAGAUAUAAUUGACUUACCAAAAGAAUUAGAAAAGUUUCAAGAUUUUGUCAUAAAAGUUCAACUACAAAACAUGCCACCGUUAAAUACUAAAAAUGAUAUUCAAGUUAUUAAGAAUCAUUUCAAAAAGAAAUUUAUAACACCCAAUGCAAAACUUUCUAUUGAAUUUAAUGAGUUCAAUCCAAAGGGCCUUGAUGAUGUCGUUUUGAGAACAGAGUAUUAUAAAAAGGAUAUUGUUGAGGAUAUCAGAGAUUUACUAAAUGCACCACCAUUGAGUAUUAAAAUAACAGGGCAAAAUAAAAAUACAGAACAACCAAAUUCAUCUCAUGGCAUAUUUCCUUACCCUGCACGAAGACUGUUAUAAGUAAUAAAUGAUUACUAUUAUAUACAUUGUAUAUCCCGUUUUAUUUUUUAAUUUUAUGUUAUCAAAA